AUGUCUUCCCAAAAUUUGAAUGUUCUCCUCAAUAGACAUCUUUCACUUAAAGAAAUUUCUCCGUUGUCUUUAGUCAUCGACUCGUUAGCUCAGUCAGCCCACCCAUUGAUUCAGGAAUUCGUGUAUAAAUCAGAGGCGCCUGUGAUUCUUCUAUCUUUUGAGAGCAAGAUAAAACCUGCUUGGGCAACUUACUUUCUAGAUUGCUCAGAGGCUUCACAAUUGAGCAUCAAUUCUUUCGUGUCCGAAAAGUCAAACAAGACGCGAAAGUCUCUCGUCAUUAUAGAAUCGCUCAAUUACGUGCCGCUUGACGAGAUCACAAGCUUUUUUACAAAUUUGUUACGUCCAAACAAUACCACUUUGGGGAUAUUUCAUUCGAAUUGCCCACAAAUUAGUCCAGAGAAUUAUCCGCCUGGAUUGACAUUACUUAAUUAUAUGGCCCUGUCUGUUUUCCAUAUUGAACCUCUCAAAGUUCCAGACGAGGAAGAGCUUGAAACAUCACUUGCUCGUCUCAUUAUACCUCCAAACUCCUACAGCAAUUCUUCCUCAUUCAAAUUGAAUUUCACAAACAAAAGGAAGUCUGGUAAGUCCCUGCUUCAUACGUUCUCCGUUAACCUGGAACUCCAUGAAUACGAGCUAAUUACAGAAGCUUCUUCGACAGAAAUUUCCGAACUUUUCGAUGAUUUAACAACAUUUAAUUUGAAUACAAGCAAUAAGCAAAAGAUUGCUAAGGAGCUGGUUGAACUACCCUUCAUGGAAGCUCAAGCAGAGUUGGGCAAAAUGGGUGGUGCGAUCGUGUACCAAUUUGAGAAGGACGACGAUUAUGAUGAAGAAGAUCCUUAUGAAGACCCAUUUUAG